AACAGGUAACUACAAAGUACUCUGUCCAUUUCCUUCACACGGAGCUGUGUUUCCGGCGUAGAAGAAGACGCUCGUACCGCGGUGCUCCUCCUUGCUAUGAGCAUAUUUCACUCCAAGAUAAGAACAAACAUGAGCAGCCUGGAUCAAGACCAGCGUCCUUAUCCAAGUUUCCGGGAAAAGACAGAGGCCUCUGACUCAUCCGACUCCAGUGAGCUUCCCAGUCAGCAUCUCCAAGGGCUCAAAUUGGCAUCACACACAGUGCUGGAGGAAGCACAGCAAAGGGGCAGGUUGAAGUGCUCUAAAUGUGGAGGAUCGAGGAUGUUCUUCUGCUACACAUGCUGCUCAUUAGUGGGCAUGAGCCUGCAAGAUAUCCCCUCAGUGAAGCUUCCUGUGAAGAUAGACAUCAUCAAGCAUCCCAACGAGACAGAUGGCAAGAGCACCGCCAUCCACGCCAAGAUUCUCGCACCAAGUGAUGUCACAAUAUAUACCUAUCCCUGCAUACCUGAGUAUCAAAAGGAUGAGGUGGUGUUGGUAUUUCCUGGUCCAAGGGCCGUCUCAGUUCAAGACAUGAUGAAAUGUUUGCAUGACAGGAGUACUGGCAGGUCACACGACUCCUCUGAUGAACUCUGCAGAAAGAGGUUAAAAACUGAGCCAGUUCAAGGCUCCAUCUCCGAGAGCUCAGAGUCGGGGACCCCAGAUGAAGCACAAAGCUCAGUGUCAAAGGUGGCUCCCCUACAGAGGGUGGUCUUCAUUGACAGCACAUGGAACCAGACCAACAAGAUCAGCACAGACGAGAGACUGCAAGAUUUGCUGCAGGUAGAGCUGAAGAUGAGAAAAACAUGUUUCUGGCGCCGUCAGAAGGGCAAGCCAGACACUUACCUAGCGACCAUCGAAGCCAUAUAUUAUUUUCUCAAGGACUUUCACGAGCAUUGCCUCGAUAAGGGGUACGACGGAGAAUACGACAACCUUCUCUUCUUCUACUCCUACCUGCACUCUGUUGUUAACAAAGCCAAAACUUCUGCUGGAAAAUGCUGAGAGUUCCUGUGAGGAAAGACUGAGAGACUGAACUGUAGCUGAAGAGUUGCUUCAAAUGCAAGAUUCAUAUGCUCUCAUCUUCCAACGGUCCAAAGACAUGCAAAUCAUAUUAAGUGGUGAUCAUAAUUUGGCUGGAGGUGAGGAUGACAGCAUUUUGGCCCUGCAGCGGUGACCUGUCCAGGGUUGCAGUGGGGGCUGGAUGAGAAGCUAGUAAAAUGGAUGGAUUCUGAAAUCAAGAUCCUGGAAUGAAAACUGGAUAAUAAUGAGCUAAAAAUGCCAAACACAAUUAAAAGUAUGAGGAGAGAAAUUUUUAU